UGUGUUCAGAUGAAGUCAAUACACGUCCUUUUAUUUUUAAUGCCUCAACUAUCAGUGUUUGCAUACAGAACGAAAGACAUCUCGUCAGAAAUUGAAAAUUCUAAGCCCAUAUUUCGAUAUUUAGCAGGCAAUUCAAAACAAUACUGCAAAUGGUGUAAUAUGAAGCCUGCAAAUCAUGAAUAUGGCAAAACUAAACCAACUAGGAACAAACCGCAAUCCGAGGAAAUUGACCUGUUCGAUAUCCCGAUAUUCGCUGCUAUGACCCAGGACGAAGGGAAUCUGGAUAAACAAAGACUCUCCGAUUUUAUAGAGAAAUAUUUUUAAAUUUAAUAAAGACUCGUUUCGCUCCAC